CGACGGCUAGGGAGGCCUAAAGUUGACUCUAAACCGAGGGAAAAGCUUUUGAUUCUGGCUAGGGGCACGGUGGUGACGAGGGGAUCUUACCCUCUGGUUUUUGGCCUCUGCCGAGAGAAGGAAAGGAGAGGCGGCGGUCGCCGUCGCCGGCGGCGUGGAUUACACCAAAGUCGACGGCGAAGGCUUAGAUUUAGGACGAGAACUUCACAGGAUUAUCAUGGCUAAAGAGGAAUAGGGGGAAAGGGAAAGGGAAGUGCAGGGGUGAAGAUGAAGAAGAAAGUUCAGCCCCUGCUUUUGUUGAGAAG